AUGGAACCGUCUGAACUGGAGUUUAUCGGGGAAAAUUCUCUCAUCGGUGUGAUUCCGAAUUUCAAUCACGAUGCAAUCUACCUUAUAUCCGGCACGAUUGAACCGUUCCGUGGUGGGGCCCCGCUGUACGUGCCACUGUGGUUGGCGAUUCACUUGCGGCAGCAACAGAAGUGUCGUAUCGUAGCGCCACAAUGGAUGGACAUUGAUUUGCUGGAAGAUAUUAAAGAAAUGGAGAAACGAGUUGGCACGUUCACCAAAAUGCCCAGCGCAAACUACAUGGUGGAAGCGAAGCUGAUCCUUAACACGGCCCCGGAAGAUGUGCCGUCCUCGGAUGUGAUUAAAACGCUCAUCAAGGACAUUUACGAUGUGCGCUCUGCCAAGCUGCGUACGACGGUGGACAAUUUCCUUAAAAGCGAAGGUGCCCAUACGGUCAACCUGGAAAACGUGACCGUCCUGGAGCUGCACACAAUACAGCCGCUGCUACCGCACGCGAUGGACUUUUUGGGGCGCAUCGAGCAAACGAAAAAAGCGGUCCGCUCGCACAACGUUACGACACAAUCGUUUACCAUGGCCGGAACGAGUGGUCUAGGAAGUUCUGCCUCAAAUCGGUGGUAA